GGUCGUGUCCUGUGCUAAGAUGUUUCCAGAACAACAGAAAGAGGAAUUUGUAAGUGUCUGGGUUCGAGAUCCUAGGAUUCAGAAGGAGGACUUUUGGCAUUCUUAUAUUGACUAUGAGAUAUGUAUUCAUACUAAUAGCAUGUGUUUUACAAUGAAAACGUCCUGUGUACGAAGAAGAUACAGAGAAUUUGUGUGGCUGAGGCAGAGACUCCAGAGUAAUGCACUGCUGGUACAACUGCCAGAACUUCCAUCUAAAAACCUGUUUUUCAACAUGAACAAUCGCCAGCACGUAGAUCAGCGUCGUCAGGGUUUGGAAGACUUCCUCCGAAAAGUCCUCCAGAAUGCACUUUUGCUUUCAGAUAGCAGGCUUCACCUCUUCUUGCAGAGCCAUCUGAAUUCAGAAGAUAUCGAGGCAUGUGUUUCUGGGCAGACUAAGUACUCUGUGGAAGAAGCAAUUCAAAAGUUUGCUUUGAUGAAUAGACGUUUCCCUGAAGAAGAUGAAGAAGGAAAAAAAGAAAAUGAUAUAGACUAUGAUUCGGAAAGUUCAUCCUCUGGGCUUGGACACAGUAGUGAUGACAGCAGUUCACAUGGAUGUAAAAUAAGUACCGCUCCUCAGGAAUCCUGAAAAAUAAUUGUAAUGUUACUAUUUUAGGAAUAGCAAAUUAUGUCCAGUCAUAGAGAAGAAAGCUUGCUAAUAAUAUAUUCUUACCUAAAGCUCACUGUCAUGAUAGUAGUUAUUUAAAUUCUUAAAGAUGUUGUGCUAUUAGUGGUGGUUUUAUGUUGUCUUAUUUUAGCCACGCUUCUGUGUAUAGCUGAAAGCCUGUGAAUGCAAUACUAUCCUUUAUAGGCAAACUGUUGGUAAACAAGGUUCUGCCCUGAAAUGAAAUUAUUUAUAUGUUUAAAAAAACCUAGUUGGUUUUAUUCAAUUUUAAGACAGGUAAAUAGGUAGUAUUUAAAAUCAAGACGCAGCAUUCCUUCUUGUAUCAAUGGGGCAGUGUUAUGAUAAACAUAGAAUACAUGAUGUUGUAACCACUAUUGGACCAGACUCUCCAGACAUGUGGCUGAUAUUUUGUGAAUACCUCCCCUGCACUGGCAAAUCACUUUGCUUUGGUUGAAAUAUUUGUUUGAUUGAAAUAUUUUAAGAGUAUUUAACCGUUCCAGUAUUCUAUUUCACACUUAGAUGGAAAAUGUAUCUUAUGAAUAGAGACUUAUUAAAAAUAAUGUUUACAUCUUAGAAAAAACAAAUAGUGCUAGUAAUUUUACUUGCAAUAUAUAGAUUCAGAAAUACAUUUUCAUUGUAGAAAAUCAGCUUAAACAAAUGGUUUCUGGAAACAAAUCAUUUGUUUUCAUUUUCAUUGUGUAUUUGGAAUUACAUGCUAAUGGUUUAAAAUAAAUGUGAAGUUUCUUAUCACUAGGUAACUUUCAGUGUCAGUGGUGGUAACUUUAAGUCAGAAGAAGGAUCUUAAAAAAAUUAAUAAAUUAAUUUUACCAAUAAAUAUUCCCAUAGAAAAGGAUGUCAGCUUACUAAUUUCAGAAUUAAUUAUUCAUUUUUAAAAAGCCCUUUCUUUUUAGGCAUCUACCUGAAGAUUGGUAUAAUUUGAAUAAAAUGUCUUUUUUUUAGUGUGCCAAAGAUAAGAUGUCUGAGAUAAACUACUUUGAACUUCAAAUUUCAGAUGAGGCAGCAUUUUCUUGAGAUAAUUAUCCAAGCUUCUUCCUUGCUGAAUGGUACAAAACAUCUAUGUGAAACUAACAGGAAGAUAUUUUCACAUAACUGGGAUAACUUGUUGCUUUAAUUAAAUAUUACCCAGCCUAAUUGAUGGGUAGCAGAGACCGCUACAAAAAGCAGCCUUUUUAUUUUAACUAGGAGCUUAAGAGUUAUUAAAUAUUAUUUAAAAGUUUUUAAAAUGCUUAUUUCAAAGAAACAACAGAAAAAAAAAAACCCAACAGAAAACUAAGAACCAACAGAAAAAAAUUAAAUUUAGAGUAAGAAUAUUUUCUUUAAUUUCUCGUUUUUUUCUUAGUUUUGUCUAAAACAUAACUGAACUUCUGUAAAUAUUUUGAUUUAGUGUAUCUUGGAUCCUGUUAUUUUAUCAUCUAAGACUCCUUAUUUUAAUACAGGGAAAAAAAAGAUUUAGCAAUUUCUUAUCUUGCUAACAUGUAAAGUUUGCCAUCUGGGCACUUAAAAGUGAUCCUCAGCCCCUCAGCAAUAUGUAUUUAGAUUUACAAUAUUUCUGUUUUGCAGCAGUUUUGAAAAGCAUAUACUGUGCCACCAAUUGUCAUAUUAUUUUUAGAUGAUAUAACAUAGCCUUCAAAACUAACAUUAAGUAAUGCCUAAUAUUUGGUAUGUAAACUUCAUGAUAUCAUUGUUUUCACAUUAAACAUGAAAAAAGUCAA